UGCAACAAAAGAAACAACAAACAGCGGCCAUCAAAUUUUAACAAGCACUAAGCUCACAGGCAGCUUAUAAGCUAAUUUUAACAAGCUGUAAGCUAGGAAAUGGAAUUUUGGGCAAUUUAGUGCGGAGCUGCUACAGUAUCCGUAUCAACUUGUCAUCAAUCACGACACUCUCACUGUGUUGAUCGCAGCAUAUUUCAUUUCAAAUUCCAACCCUAGAACACAGUCUGAGAAAUGUAUUCUUGUAUUCCUCACAACGUUUCUCUCCAUUUUCACUUCUCAACAACAACUUCCCCAAAUUCAAAGUCAACGAUGUUUGCUUCACGCAAUUUGAAGAUUCGCGCUGUAUCCACUACGGAGAAUCAAGCUUCUACUUACAUUCCUGCUGCUCCCAUUUUCCUUCCCCAAGGUCCUUGGAAGCAGAUUCCAGGUGGAGUUACUGCUGCAGAGGGUUUCAAAGCUGCGGGAAUAUAUGGAGGGUUGCGCGCUGUAGGAGAAAAGCCUGAUCUUGCACUUGUCACAUGUGAUGUUGAUGCCAUAUCCGCAGGGUCAUUCACGACUAAUGUGGUUGCUGCUGCUCCUGUGUUAUACUGCAAAAGCACGCUAGACAUUUCAAACACUGCACGUGCUGUGUUAACUAAUGCAGGUCAAGCAAAUGCAGCUACGGGUGAAGCAGGUUACCGCGAUAUGAUAGAAUGUGUGGAAAGCCUCGCAAAGCUACUGGGAGUGAAACCCGAAGAAGUAUUAAUUGAAUCCACUGGUGUAAUUGGUCAAAGAAUAAAGAAGGGGGCACUUUUAAACUCACUUCCCUUACUAGUGAAUUCACUAACUUCUUCAGAUGAGGGGGCAGAUUCUGCAGCAGUGGCAAUCACCACAACAGAUCUUGUUAGCAAGAGUGUGGCAAUUGAGUCUUUGGUUGGAAGAACUAAGGUCAGAAUUGGGGGAAUGGCAAAAGGUUCUGGAAUGAUCCACCCAAAUAUGGCUACCAUGCUCGGGGUAAUAACAACUGAUGCCGGGGUAACCAGUGACGUUUGGAGAAAGAUGGUUCAGGUUGCUGUUAAUCGAAGCUUCAACCAGAUAACUGUAGAUGGAGAUACUAGUACCAAUGAUACUGUUAUUGCUUUGGCCAGUGGGCUGUCUGGGCUAAGCUGCAUUUCUUCUCUAGACAGUGAUGAGGCAAUUCAACUUCAGGCAUGCCUAGAUGCGGUAAUGCAAGGUCUUGCCAAAUCUAUAGCUUGGGAUGGAGAAGGAGCGACGUGCCUCAUUGAGGUCAGUGUGACUGGUGCAAAUAGUGAGGCUGAAGCUGCAAAGGUUGCUCGUUCAGUUGCAUCAUCUUCACUUGUAAAGGCUGCUGUAUAUGGUAGAGACCCCAAUUGGGGACGCAUUGCUGCUGCAGCUGGUUACUCGGGGGUUUCUUUUAACCAAAAUUUACUUAGGGUGGAACUGGGGGAUACGUUACUAAUGGAUGGUGGGGAACCACAAUCGUUUGACCGGGGUGAGGCUAGUAGUUAUCUGAGAAAGGCUGGGGAGACUCACGGCACAGUUAGAAUUCAGAUAUCUAUUGGCAAUGGACCAGGCCAUGGACAAGCAUGGGGCUGUGAUUUAAGCUAUGAUUAUGUCAAAAUAAAUGCGGAGUACACAUCAUAACCAAAUGAAGAUGACACAUACUGACAUAAUGUACGAUUGUGCAUUCAUUUAGUUACCACUCAUCUAGAAAACCUUCACUAGGGACGUUUCUGUUGUACCAUUUUGUAUCCCGUGUUAAUCACCAACCCUUUUCAUGUCUUGUAUGCACAUAAGCAGUUAUUAAGCACACGGUUGGAUAUCGUACACGUGCCAAUAUGGCAUUGUUAGUAGCUACUGAAAAUCAGGUUGGUACACAUUGAAAUUUCUGUGUAGCAAACAACUUUUACCUUGGACAUCAUUUGUAUUUGUGCUCACUGCACCAAGGAAUGUUGUCAGAUGAAGAGGCGCAGCAAAUAAGAUAACAGAUCUAAAUAUCAGCCUUGUUAUCUAAAGGAGAUAGGAUCAAAUGGCACCUUGGUGUCAAAUUAAACUUGGACGCCAAAUCCUAUUCAUCUAUGUAAUUCAAUCUAAAGGGUAGAAAUUAUUUUGUGUUGGUGUUUUUUACUUGAAAA